AUGGCGACAUUGGAUGCGGAGACUGCCUUCUAUCGAGUCCGGUUAUCGGGUAUCACUGCCCAGGUACAGCCCGAGCAGUCGUCCGAUCGGAGGGUCCCAGUUUACUGCUGGGCCUAUGUGGAUGACGUCACCAUUCUUGGAGAAUGCUCGUCCGUAAAGCGCCUCUACUCUUCUAUCAUUUCCAUUGGAGCAACGUGGGGUUUUACCUUCUCGGAGCGAAAAACCCAUUGGGUAUUCUUCAAUGCAGACGGCUCGUCCAACAAGUUCGAUGAUUUUCGCCACCUCGGAGUCCGCUUCAUCUGCGCACAAGGGGAAAGCGGGUGCAGAAUGUGCCUACAAUGUCUUCCUGCCACCCUGGUCUCGCGGAAACUGUCGGCCGGUGAUGUCGUGACCAAACGUGAGGCAUUUCGGUGGGCUGGUGCAGGUUAUGACGUUCUCGGGCUGCACCCGGAGUGUGCUUUAGCGGCCGAUCUGGUAAGGAGAGUCUCGGGUAAGUGGUCGCCUACCUCCUGGGACGAGAGGGUCACUAUCAGCGAAGAGGAUGCCCAGACCAUCAACAUCGCUUGUUCUCGGUUAGCAGAACGCAAGGAGCCCUGUCAGCACGAGAUCGCAUUCUGUGGCGCCACGCUUACUAUCACAACUGACGCUUCCCCUUACGGUAUGGGCUUCUUCCUCUCCAUCGGUAUCGCAUCUGGGGGGCAGGUCGCCCUAUAUGGGAAGGCCAAGUGCUGGCGAGGUAGUCAGGUUUCAUGGCAUCAGAACCGACAAGGAGCAUCCUGCCUCGGCCUUUCUUUCGUGUUCUGCGACCCCCUCAUACCCUACUCCCAUGGUCUCCAGGUCAGAUUCCUAACUGACUCUCGCACUGCCCUCUCUUGGAUGCGGGGUGGUGAGAGGAUGACGAGUCGCUCUAUCGAGCGAAUUGCGAUUCCAAGAUUGUGUGAUGCGGUGGCUGACCUGAAAGAGGUGUGGGCACGACGCUAUGAUGUUCAUCCAGUCGUUGACCAUCUCCCAGGGGAACACAACUCGCAGGCUGACUCGCUCAGCCGUCUGGCCUUCUCCUGGCACAUUCCUCAAGGGGUGAUCUUUGACGGUAGGAUCAAGGGGACUAGAGGCGCAUCAGUUACGCGCAAGUCCUCCAAGUCCUCUUCACCAUCUCAAGCUUACGUCCUCGCGAGUCAGGACUCGCAUCGGACUCCCCGAGAAGACGAUGUCGACAUCGACAGGGUAUCGUCGGUUCUCUACGCUAUCUCCGCAGAUCAUUCUCCUCACAUCCCCAACAGUGUCAACAUUGGCAUCGGUCAGCCAGCUCGGAAGGAUUUAUUGGACCUUCAACACGGUUCGCCGGAGGUAGCGGCAAUCAUGGAUCAGCUUAACAGUGCGGGCGGUUGUUCGGAUCCCAAUAACAUGGAGUUCGUCUCGGCGGGUGACGGCCUUCUUAUGCGUCGCUGCCGAUCUAAUGCGGGGCACGGCCUCUCGCGUCUCUGCUUCUACAUCCCUUCGGAUUCUCAGGAAGGAGUUGAUUUCGCAAAAAGAGUGCUACACUCCUAUCACGUCGACUCUGGUUGUCUCAAUGCUCGGUACGUCAGAUGGGUUUUCUCCAGAGCAUUCUACGUGAAGGGACUCAGGAAGCUCGCUCUUGAAGUAUGCCGUUCUUGCGACAAGUGCCAGUUCGCCCACAAUAGGCGGUACUACUCCCUACGGGAUGGUGGUCGGAACCUCUCAAACGGUGUCAACGGAUGUUGGGAAGUUGUUUCGGCCGAUCUUGCUGAGAUGGGACCUGACAGGAAGGGCACAUAUACCUCGGCCUUAUUUCUAAUUGACCAUUUCAGUCGCUUCGCUCUUGUAGCUUCACUGCGAAGCAGCUCGUCGUCUUCGGUCAUUGGUGCUCUGUCGACCUCCAUCGGUAUCUUCGGUCCAAUGGGACAACUUCGAUCAGAUCGUGGUCCCUGUUUCAGGGGGCGGAAGUUCACGGAUUACUUGGCUUCACAAGGUGUGGUCCAUCAUGCGCUGCCCCCUUACGCGGCAUUCUCCAACGGUUUGGUCGAGCGCUCGAUCUCUGCCAUCAAGUUUAUUACUCGUCAGUUGGCGUCUAAGCGCUCGUGGUCCUCUCAGAUCCAACGGGUUCUCGCCAGACUCAAUGCUAAGCCUAUAGAUGGGAUCGAUCUAUCGCCCCACGAGAUUUUCUUUGCUAGACCACGAAGGUUUCCUGUGGACAACGCCCUGCAUGAUGUCAAUUCUGGAGCUCUCGUACCAGCGGAUGGAGAGCAAGCUCGUCAAAGACGUGAGGACGGUGAUUACGUGGAUCGUUUGGUAUCUGAGGCUCUGAAUGCCUCUAACUCGGCUUCUGCGGUUAAAAGGUUCCCCAGACGUGGUCCCCCUAAAGUUGGAUCCGAGGUUCUCGUAUUCGUGCCUAACCCCAUGGGCGGUGGCAGCUAUGGACACGAGGUCUACCGAGCUCACCGCGUUCUGGGUAAGGUUACUCUUCAGUUGGUGAAGUCGAACGUCCCUCCUGCAUCGGUGACUCCCGAUAUCAUCAAGGAGGUUCACUAUUUCAACACUCGCCCUUACUAUCGAUCAUCCGGGGGGCAUGUCAGUGCUAAUCAAUGA